GGCGGCGUCGAAGGAGCAGCAGCAGCAGAAGCGCCGGGACCCGACGGAGGCGGAGGAGGCGGAGGCGGAGGCGGCGAUGCUGCCGGCGUGGCUCUGGUGGUUUUUGGCCUCAGCGGCGGCGGCCUCCUCAUCGUCGUCGGGGCCGGGCUCUUGGUCCGGGGAGACGGCGAGGGUGAGGCCGGUGCGGCUGGAUGCCGUCGGGGCGCCGGGGCCCUCCUUCGAGAUCGUGGCCUUCCAGGAGUCCUUCUCGCUGGCGCUGAGGCCGGACUCGCGCUUCGUGGCGCCCUCCUUCGCCACCGAGUUCCUGGGCGGCGUCCCUUGGGAGGCGGAGGAGGGCGGCGCCGGGGAGCUCCGUCGGUGCUUCUAUUCCGGGGAAGUCAACGCCGAGGAGGACUCCUUCGCCGCCCUGAGCCUCUGCGGGGGGCUGACCGGGGCCUUCGGCUACCGAGGGGCGGAGUACCUCAUCCGGCCGCUGGAGAAGAAGGCCGCCGUCGGGGGGAGAAGGCUCCUGGAGGGUGAACCGGGGGAGCAUCUGCUGCAGCGCCGCCGCCGACGGAGCCCCGGAGGAGGAGGAGUGGGAGCAGGGGGCCCGUCCGCCACCCGCUGCGGGGUCCAGGAGCAGCCGCCGGGGGAGCAGGAGCCGUCCCCGGGGCCCCGGCGUCGGUCCAAGCGCUUCGCCUCGCUGCCGCGCUUCGUGGAGACGGCGCUGGUGGCCGACGAGUCGAUGGCCCGCUUCCACGGCGCGGACCUGCCGCAUUACCUGCUGACGCUGCUGGCCACCGCCGCCCGGCUCUACCGCCACGCCAGCCUCCGCAACGCCGUCCAUCUGGCCGUGGUCAAGGUGCUGGUCAUCGGCAGCCAGGAGAAGGGCCCCAAGGUCUCGGCCAACGCCGCCCUCACCCUCCGCCACUUCUGCCUCUGGCAGAAGAAGUGGAACAAGGGCAGCGACAAGCACCCCGAGUACUGGGACACCGCCGUCCUCUUCACCAAACAGGACUUGUGCGGUGCUACCACCUGUGACACCUUGGGAAUGGCAGAUGUUGGCACCAUGUGUGAUCCUAAACGCAGCUGCUCAGUCAUUGAAGAUGAUGGUCUUCCUUCUGCUUUUACCACAGCUCAUGAACUAGGUCACGUGCUUAACAUGCCUCAUGAUAACGUGAAGGUCUGUGAGGAAAUCUUUGGCAGGCUGAAAACUAAUCACAUGAUGUCACCUACUCUGAUCCAGAUUGACCGCACCAAUCCAUGGUCACCUUGUAGUGCAGCCAUCAUCACUGACUUCUUGGACAGUGGACAUGGUGACUGCCUCUUGGAUCAACCUACGAAGCCUAUUGCAUUGCCUGAAGAACUUCCCGGCACCAAUUACAACCUCAACCAACAAUGUGAGCUGGCUUUUGGUGUUGGCUCCAAACCCUGCCCUUACAUGCAGUACUGCACCAAGUUGUGGUGUACAGGGAAGGCUCGUGGCCACAUCAUGUGCCAGACACGUCACUUUCCUUGGGCUGAUGGCACCAGCUGUGGAGAAGGAAGAUUCUGUUUGAAAGGUGUCUGUGUUGAGAGACAUAACAUCAGUAAGUACCGGGUGGAUGGCAAUUGGGGGAAGUGGGGACCUUAUGGCCAAUGCUCCCGGACCUGCGGUGGAGGAGUCCAGUUGGCCAAGCGUGAAUGCAACAACCCAUCUCCCACCAAUGAAGGGAAGUACUGUGAAGGGCUUCGAGUUAAAUACCGUUCCUGCGGGCUAGAUCCCUGUUCUGAUUCAGUUCCAGGAAAGAGCUUUCGGGAAGAACAAUGUGAGGCUUUCAAUGGCUACAACCACAGUACAAACCGGCUCACUGCCACAGUCUCCUGGGUCCCCAAAUAUUCUGGAGUUUCUCCUCGGGAUAAGUGCAAACUCAUCUGUCGAGCCAAUGGAACAGGAUACUUUUAUGUCCUGGCGCCGAAGGUUGUGGAUGGUACACCAUGCUCUCCAGAUUCCACCUCGCUAUGCGUCCAGGGGAAAUGUAUCAAGGCUGGUUGUGAUGGGAAACUUGGUUCCAAAAAGAAGUAUGACAAAUGUGGAGUGUGUGGAGGAGACAACAAAAGCUGCAAAAAAGUCUCUGGCCUGUUCACCAAACCCAUGCAUGGCUACAACUUCGUGGUGCUCAUCCCAGCUGGUGCGUCUAGCAUCGACAUCAGACAGCGGGGCUACAAGGGCCUUAUCAGUGAUGAUAACUACCUAGCUGUGAAGAAUGCACAUGGCAAGUACCUCCUGAAUGGACAUUUCAUUGUCUCAGCUGUAGAAAGGGACCUCAUGGUCAAAGGCACCGUGCUGCGCUACAGUGGGACAGGGACAGCUGUGGAAAGCCUCCAGGCCUUUAUGCCCACCCAGGAGCCACUGACCAUUGAAGUGCUGUCUGUUGGGAAGAUGACUCCACCUCGGGUGCGCUAUUCCUUCUAUUUGCCCAAGGAAAUUAAAGAAGACAAGUCCAUGUACCGGAAAGAUGGGAAGCGCCCACCAGUUCUCACCAACAGCAUCCUUGGCCUCUCUAACCGCCUGGACAUGGGCCGGCCGGAUUACAAACGGCCCUCGUUCAAGUGGGCCACCACCAGUUGGGAAGACUGUUCUGUUACCUGUGGCAAUGGGCUGCAGAAGCGCAUGGUGAUGUGUCGUGACACCCUUGGCCAGCUAGCUUCUGCUUGUGAUGCCACUCAGCGGCCCAUUGAUAUCCGGAUAUGUGGAGACCCAUGUCCCAGCUGGGAGGUCUCGCCUUGGUCGUCGUGCUCCAAAACCUGUGGUAGGGGGUUCAAAAGGCGGAUGCUGAAAUGCACAGGGCGGGGUGGUACCCUGUUGCCCCGGGACCGCUGCAACCUCAGAAAAAAGCCCCAGGAGCUGGACCUCUGUACCCUGAGGCCAUGUUGACCAGACUGAAUCCAUUUCUGACCUAGGUGUAAUGGGGCAGCAUUUUGGUUUUUGGUGAUACCAUGGUGGAAAGUGUUAAAAAAAUGAUGACCUAAAAGGCCUCUGGGGGAAGGAAAGGGAGUCGACUGAGUGGAGGGGUGGGGUCUGUUACAUAGCACAUUUGAACAAACAAAAGGAUUUUAAAUAGUAAGAAAAAGAGAAAGAAAGAGAGAGAGAGAGAAAAGGAGAGGUUGCCAGCAAUAUGAGGCUGAGUAGUGGGGUUUGGAGGAUCUGGUCACUCAGUGGUAAAGCAGGAAUAAACAACUACCUCGAAACCACCCCAAACUCUGUCACAGCCUAGUGGUGCAUUUUGGAGUCCUGAGGAGAAAGAAAGGCAAGAUCAGAAUUUGAAGAAAUUGCCGUCAGAGAUGGACCAAUGACAGUCAUUCCUAAGAACUAUGGCUCCGGUCUCGUUCAAAACAAAAAAGGCUCAUCUCUUAUUUUCUGGAAGGGGAAGGUAGAAGUCAGCCUUCCUCUCCAGCACCCAAGUCUUAUAGAGGACUGUAAGGAAUCACCAUUAUCCACCUGCAACAAAAUUUAAGGCUUAACAACUGGUACCAUGUAGUACCUCCAAGGCCUACUGGCUAGUGGCAUCCUAGCCCUGAUGCAUUGCGGGUAUCUUGGCACACAUUUUGUUUGUUUGUUUUUGGCACUCAUGGUUUUAUGAAGGACUGACAGCCAGUCACUGUUUGGGAGCUUUAUUUUUGUUAGCAUUUAUGGACCAAACAGUAUACUUUUAAAAAAGAAAAGGUGCUUGAUCCUGUGUUCUCUUGGUCCUUCUUGCCUGACAUAGGGCCUGAACAGACAGGCCAAAAUAAAGCUGCUUCAGGUCACUUUGGAGGUAUGUUGUUUAAAUGACACAUCCAUCUUAAGAGGCCAGAAGCUGUGCCAAA